ACACCACAACGAGAGGAAAGGGUUGCUGAGUCAUUAGAUGACGUCACCGCGUCGGCACGGUCACGUGUCCUCAGUACCAGUAAAGUGUGCGCGAGGAAGGGCUAGACCGACACAGCUCGCGCACUCCGAUCGAAUAUCAGCUGCUCGCAACUCGACACCGCUUUAUUCCGUUACAGUCGAGGUGGCGUGAAACCGUAGCCCGUGCUUGACUCGAGACCGCUAGGAAGCACAGAGCGGACACAUCCGUGUUUAAAACGAGUCACACAAGGCCUAGCGCGUGCGAGCAUUAAAGUGUGAGGAGAAGCUGAAGUCGAAGUCCGUAGCGAUACGCGAGGGGUCGCAGGUUUGUGCGAUGGGCUUACUGUCACAAGGGUCGCCGCUCAACUGGGAAGAGACCAAGAAACAUGCGGACCACGUUCGAAAGCACGGCAUCCUGCAGUUCCUCAACAUCUACAACAAGGUCAAAGAGCGCCAGAAGGAUGUGCUGAAGUGGGGAGACGAGGUGGAGUACAUGUUGGUGGAAAUGGAUGACAAAAAUGAAAAAGUCCGCCUAGUUCUGAACGGGAAGGAUGUUUUGGAAAUCCUUCAGGAAAAGGGUGAAAAGAUCAACCCCAACCACCCCACUCUGUGGAGGCCAGAGUACGGCAGCUACAUGAUCGAAGGGACCCCCGGGCAGCCGUAUGGAGGGACCAUGUCGGAGUUUAACACGGUAGAAGACAACAUGGGAAAGCGGAGGAGAGAAGCCGCAUCUGUGCUUAAUAAGAACGAGACUCUCCUCACAGUUACGUCAUUCCCCAGGUUAGGCUGCCCAGGCUUCACUCAACCAGAAUACAAACCCACACCUGUUGAAAAAGGGGUGUCCAAAUCGCUUUUCUUCCCCGAUGAGGCCAUCAACAGACACCCUAGAUUCAGCACUCUGACCAGAAACAUUCGCCACCGGAGAGGAGAAAAGGUGGCAAUAAAUGUACCAAUUUUUAAAGAUAAAAACACCCCGUCUCCUUUUGUGGAGACGUUUCCAGAGGACGAUGGAGAAGCUGCCCGGGCUGCCCUGCCUGAUCAUAUCUACAUGGACGCCAUGGGCUUUGGCAUGGGAAACUGUUGCCUGCAGGUGACCUUCCAGGCCUGCAGCAUCAGUGAGGCGCGCUACCUUUACGACCAGCUGGCCACUUUCUGUCCCAUAGUGAUGGCUCUCAGCGCUGCCUCGCCGUUCUAUCGGGGAUUCGUGUCAGACAUUGAUUGCCGUUGGGGUGUGAUCUCUGCGUCGGUGGAUGACAGAACCCGAGAGGAGCGGGGCCUGGAGCCGCUGAAAAACAACAAAUUCAAGAUCAAUAAAUCACGGUACGAUUCGAUUGACAGCUACCUCUCCUGCUGUGGUGAGAAAUACAAUGACAUUGAGCUGACCAUCGAUGAAGAUAUCAACAAACAGCUCCUAGAUGCAGGCAUCGACAAACUGCUGGCACAGCACAUUGCACAUCUCUUCAUCCGCGACCCGCUGUCGCUCUUCCAGGAGAAGAUUCAUUUGGAUGAUGAGAACGAAUCGGACCACUUUGAGAACCUUCAGUCAACCAACUGGCAGACAAUGAGGUUCAAGCCGCCCCCUCCAAACUCUGACAUCGGAUGGAGAGUCGAGUUCCGUCCAAUGGAGGUCCAACUGACAGAUUUUGAAAACUCUGCUUAUGUCGUGUUUAUCGUUCUCCUCACCCGUGUGAUCUUAUCCUAUAAGUUGGAUUUCCUCAUUCCAUUAUCAAAGGUUGAUGAGAAUAUGAAAGUUGCCCAGAAGCGAAAUGCAGUGCAAGAAGGCAUGUUUUAUUUUCGGAAGGACGCCUUUAAAGGCUGCAACCCAGUGUUAGAGCCGCCCUCCACCGCUCAGAAUGGAGUGGAGAGUGAAGCUAAAGACAGUGAAGAGUUCACACUGAUGAGUAUCGACACCAUCAUCAAUGGGAAGGUGAGUGUUUCUCUGCUCUUUAACUUUACUUUCCAAAGAGUUUCAACAAUAGGCUUGAGUGUGUAGAACAAUGCUCGAUUCCUUUAUUUUAUUGUGUGGUGGUGUGUAGGGUUAGGCCGAUAGACGAUGC